AUGAGAGACCACGACGCCGUGAGGGCGAGCUCGGGCGAGGAACAGGUCUUCAUCUCGCCUUAUACGAGUACCCCUUGUGACACUGGCAUCUCCCUGCCGGCUGCCGGCCUCUGUGCAUCUGAUAGCCCACAUGGGGCUCUGAGCCCAGUCACGAGUUCUCUUGGAUGGCCCGAUGACGCUUGGGCAGCCUCUGUCAGCGUCAGGCCUCAGGCCUCAGGAUUGUCAGCACCGGCACCUCUUCGAGACGGCGGGGGAAUGGCCGGGGAAGGGCAGAAGGCGGGAGGAAGAAAACUCCGGUCCCUCGUCAAAUAA